CUUCCUGUGAGCGAUCCUACCAGAUGGCUCGCGCCCGAAGGGUUGUCUGAGUUUGGUUUUUUUUUUUUUUCCCCCCCUUCUUUGCUGGUGUUUCUACACGACGUUAUAACUGUGCGGUGGGCAAGAUACGCUUUUUGGAUUUGCGGCGCUGGGAAAAGUGGAUAAACGGCCAGAUAUAUGCGUUAGGCCGGGAUUGAGGCGCGUUUUUGGUGCUGCGGGCCGAGUUUGUCCGCCUGAGUUGUACCGUUUCUUCUUGUUGCUCCGGCUGUUGUGUUGCUCCAUCCAGCGCUCGCCUCAGGCUCAGGAGAGUUCCAGACCAGAGUAGUUCCUCAUUAUUUUCCAAUCCAUAAUCCAAAUACACUCUUAGUCAGUGCUUUGGGCACAGCCUCAGACUUGCUACUCUUUUUUGGCAUGCGCAUCAUAUAGAUUUCAUCCAUACGGUACCUCAUAAUCUCAUGGACUAAAGUUUUGUCAGCAGGUGAAUUGGAGCCGGUGGGCCCAGUAUGACAGAGAGUUUCCGCAACAUUGAGGAUGAGCCGUUUCCCAGCUUCCUGUCAGGCUCCCUGGGCAGUAGCCGUGUCACACUGGGCAAUGUGACUCUGGCCUCCAAUCUGGGGAUUCCUGUGGCAGCCUCUACCGUGGCUAAAAUUAGAGCAGGAGUGGACGACAGAGUGUCUGACAUUCAGGCAUCAUACCUUGAGGAUGGUCAGCUCUCUGAAACAAACUUGCAGUCUUCAAGCAAUGGAAAAGGACUGUUUGCUCUCAGCUUCAAGGAUGAUCUGGAUGAUGCUGAUGACUUCAUCGCUGCACAUCGUUUCUCGGACAUGUUGGUCCACGUACGUUUGGAGGAGGCAGACUCCACGGCUAAGGAUGCGUCAUCCACACAGGGGCUCCCUGUGCAGCCCAUCACCCCUGUUAGAUGCUCCGCAGACCACAGAGAUGAAAUCUCAACAGGGCUCAUUACAUUUUCUCAUCUGGGAAGCAAAGAAUUAAUGAUCAUGAAGGCUGCAAACACCUUGCCCACCACCCUGGAAGAGGAAAGUGAUGGGGCUGACAGUGAUCAUUUCAGUGGAAGUCUCUCCAGCUUCCUGGCCAAUGAGAAGCUUAUGUCUUUGGACAGCAUGAACAGUGAUGGCACAGAUGAUGACAUUGACCUACAUCAGGAUGAUGAGCUUGAGCAGUAUUUCAACAAGUUGGUCACACCUGCCAUGCAGAGAGGACGAGUAGAAGGCCAGGAGAUCCCAACUGGUGAGAUAAUUGUAACUCAAGAGGACAACUCUUGCCCAAGAUCAGCAGAACUAGAAAACAGAUAUAAGUUUCUUGAGGACUACAAUCAGGAAGACUUCCAAAUGCCCCAUGUACGGAUGGCAGCCACAGGCAUGGACUCGUGUCCAGCUAGUGAUGAAGAUACAGGUGACGAGUUGGAGGAGACCCGGCGACCGAGUGUCACCAGGACCAGGUUCCUUCUUCCAAGCACCUCUCGGCAGCUGGUUGGGGAAAGCAACCAUCCCAGCUUCAGGCCUGGCCUGGAGGGAGGCAGCUCUGAUGAUGAGCUCCCUGCUGCUGCUCGAAAUGGACCUGCCAACACUGGGAUUGAAUUCAGGCAUUCAGCUGAGGGCCAGGUUAUCAGUUCACCUGUUACAGGCAAUGGUGGGGGAGGUGGAGAUGGCAGCAGCGGUAGUGAAGAGCAGGGUAAUGAUGGCGGAGUGUCCACUAUCCCGCUGCCCUCUGGCAGCACCCUUACUCCAUUUGACACAGUGCGGGGCCUUGGGGGCAUGGGAGUAAGCAACUGCACACAGGAGGACGAUAUACCAGUUUCCCUAACGGGACUUGAGCUUGACCGGGCCAGUGUCCUGGGGCACAGCGAGAUAGAGGACCGUGUUGGACCAGUUGGAACGGGGGAGGCUAGUUCUGCUGAUGUUGGACCAGGGGUUAAUAGAGCCUCUUCAGUGAAUUGGAGCAUGACUCUGGACAGGCAGGAGGCCUUGGAUGCUAUGGACAGCACUGACAUGCCCACAGCUGCUGACAGGCUCUUCGACUCUGUCUACCUGCGAAAUGACCACGGACAGGGUGCACCACCUGAUGUGUCCAGCUGUGGCCUUCUGGAGGGGACCCAGAGCAGCUUCCAUCUGUCCCAGGUUAUUCCUUCCUGCAGCAUGGAGGAGGUAGCUGAAGCAGAGGCUGAAGAUCAGGGGUUCCACGGGUGCCCCAGCAGAGAUUCUGCCCUCCCAGAACCAUCAGACACUAACAGUGAAAUGGAGGCUGGUGUGGCUUCCCUGGAUGCUAAAUAUCUCUCACGGUCCUUUCAUGAGGAAGACUGUGAUGACUGCAGGCACCACAGUACCAAGGACAAGGGGCUUCAUUCCCAGCAAGGGGCAAAUUCCACACACAGUGUAGUUUAUCAAAAUGAAGAGGGAAAGUGGGUGACUGACCUGGCGUACUAUUCGUCAUUUGAAAAGGAGAUGGAAAUAAAUUUCCCGGAUGAUGUGGCAAACCAAUUUCAAAGUGAAGAAUUUAUUUCAGGCAGUAAUGCUUUUGAAAAAAUUCUAGAAGAUCAAGAAGAAUUCGAGAAGGAACAUCAAUUCAUGCAGGAGGAGCAGAUGGUUGCUCAGAACUCUAGCCUGAGCUUUGGUGACACCUCGUGGCGACUUCCCAACAGCCACAUCCUUAUGAGGGCAUCACAGGUCUCAUCAGAUUUUGAGCAUGGCAACCAGAGCUACCUGCGGCUGUCACUGGGGGAGUUCUUCCAGCAGAGGUCCGAGGCUUUGGGUUGUCUGGGUUCCAAUGAGGAGGACAUCCGGCGGCCGUCCUUUGGGUAUGUCAUCACUUCCCCAGAGAAGAGAGAGCCUUUUCCUCUGAUCCGCCCCUCUGACUUUUCCUCCUGUACCAGCUCUCUCCAAAGUGGAACAGUUCACCUCAGUGACGCUGAUAAGACUUUGAAUGCAGAAGAUUUGGACCAGACUUCUGAGAAGACAGAAGAAAUGCAAAAAAAUGGUAGUCUUCUCUCAGAAGCCAUGGGAAAGAAGGACGAGAUGGAUCCAAAGAUGCAGGCUUCAGAGAAUAAGAUGUUGCCCAACUUGAGCCUGGAUUCUAUGAACCAUAGCAACCUGGUGCUGAGCAUUAGCACCAUUGCAUCUGCCAUUGCAAAUGCCUCUGUCAGUGCUGAUCCAGCCCAGCUAGCCACCAUGAUCAUGGAGCUGUCUAAACGGAGCAAAAGCAGUGCCCAGCAGGCUGGGGUCACUUCCACUAUGACUGCAAGGCAAACUGGUUCCUCACAGGCAGACCAGAGUGCCUUCUUAGAGUUGCAAAAGAACACCUCCCCCAAAGAGCUGAGUGCCUUUGACAUUGAGAAGUAUUUGAGGAAAGUGGAGCUGUCUGGCAGCGACAGCGAGCAUUCCUUCUCCCCAUACAGCUUUGACCACCUCUGUGGCCCUGAUGCCUCUCAGAAGAGAUCUACACCUCUGCAGUGUGGAGAGCUUCCAUCUGAGGUUUCCUCUCAAGCGAAGGAGAACUGCCUCAACAGCAGCAGCACACCUGUAUGCAAGCCCUCCAGAACUGUUGCUCAAUCACAUUCUCUCCCCACGGAUAGACGUGACGCAUGUAAGAGUGGCAUCCCUCGGCCCAGAGCGAGCUGCAUCUCGUCUUCUGCAAAAAUGGGAAGGGCAUCUGGAACAGUGAAGCCCUGUGGUGCCAACAUGAGUUCAGCUGUCAGGCUGAACACAGUCUUGCCACAAGUCUCCGGUUCCCAAAAGGCCGACAAUGCUAUCUCUGCCCCAGGGCCCUGCUUUGAGCUGUCGUCCCCCAGGGAUCCUACCAGAGGCCCACAGAGGAGCAUUGCACUUGUUACAAAGCCAUCUGCGCGGAACCCUGGAUCAUACCUCAGCACCGCAGAGAAGCAUGUUGAUUUUGAUGGACAUAGUCCAUCUUCCACUGAGAGUAAAGCAGUUACAGAUGGGGACGGGGACUCAACACCUGUGCUGCCUGCCACCUGUGUGGAGGAAACCCAGUGUACAUUCAGACCCUCCACCUCACCUCUCACCCACUCUUCUCCAAGCCAGGGCUUCCUCCCCAGAACUGAAGGGAUGCCAUCCUCUCCCACACCUGGCAACGGCACAACAGGCAGACAACUGUGCGACCCGCUCUCACCCAGUUCAGUUUGCUCCAGCCCUAGUCUCAGCCGACUCACCUACAUCUCCAUAAAUGACACCACUUGCUUGCCCACCCCAGACAAGAACAAGGGCAACAGCAGUUUGGCACUGAGCACCACCAUUGUCCGAGCAAGUCCCUCUCCGCCUGUUGAUCAGGAUGUCUCUGUGAUCCCCCCUAGAGACAUUCUGAGUCAGGCCAAGAGCCUGGAUACAUGCAGCCAAGUACAGAACCUAGACUACCAACGUGGCUUGGACCAUGAUGGCAUCCGUAGUCGCAGUGAGUGCCACUUCCACCCCACGGGCCAAGACCAAGCAUCAGACAGCGGCUCAAAUAAACGCCACUCAGAGCCCGUUGUACGACAUGUAACCCAGGGGGAUUCUGGGUACUUGAGUAAUUUUAACCUUCAGCAGCCAUUUUCUGUUGGCCAGCCAUCCCAGCAGUUGCCCGGUGCCAUCUCAACCCUGCCUCCUUCCUUCAGCAAUCCUGACCUUGGCUACAUCCCAAUCUCUAGCUUCAAGCCCCAGGGGACAUUGUUGGACCAGCCUCCUGUGGUCCCUGCUCUCCUUGCUGGCCACUCUGUCUUCAAUUCCCAGCUGGCUCAGCAGUAUUUGGGGAAUAAUCACAACCUACGACCCUUCCACGUGGGAGCUACUACUCCUGGGUUAUGCAGCAUGCCCACUGCCAACCCACCUCUAGCAGGUGUCCAAGGUCCUGUGUCUUACAGCACCCCUGGCCUCUCUGCUGCAUUGCUGAACCAAGGUCCACCCCACCCAUUACCCUUGGAUUCAGCGCUGGGAAAACCCUAUGGCCAACAUGAGUUGGGAACCCUUAGCAUAUGGACCACAGGGGGUCUCAGCGAAGUUCAAGUAUCCCAUGUGGUUGUGCCAGAAGAACUCAAGUUUCCCAAUGCCUGCUGCGUCGGCAUUGCAUCCCAGACGACUCUAAGCAUAUUCAACCCCAUGGAGCGCUGGGUGCAAGUUGGAAUUACUGUGUCUGACCUCUCCAUUGAUGGAGAGAAGGUGGACUCACUGCCUUACCAGUGGCUGAUAGUAAAGAACAAGACUAUCGUUGGGCCAAAAAGUACAGAGGAGCAGAAGGUGCUGUUUGUCCCGCCUCAGGCUGGAGUGUAUCGCUGCAUCAUCAGUGUUUCGUCCUGGCCUGCUUCGGCUGAGUCCAGUGCCGCUGCAAGGGCUGAGGUCUUUGCCAGAAGGGUGGUUCUUAUUGCCGUAGCAGAGAAUCCUGUCAUUGAGGUGGAUGUGGAGGGAUCUGAUUGCUUGGAGUUUGGGGACCUCCCAGCUGGCAGUGCCAAAGCCCUUCCGCUAAAGCUCAUCAACAGGACACAUGCCACAGUGCCUAUCCGGCUCUUCAUCAGUGCGAAUGCUGCUGCCUGGCGAUGCUUCACUUUCUCAAAGAGCUCCGUUGCCAUGCCAGCAGAGGGGAUACUACAGACGGGCAGUCUGACCUCUUUGGCAGCCACGUCUGUCCUGAACCAUGUAAUGCAUGCAAGCUAUGGGGAUAAUUCAGAAACUUUCCUUGUGUGGGUGCACUUCCAUGCUCCACAGCGAUACUCCCCCAGCUCAGGGGACCUUGGGCCAGCAGAGGAGUACUGUGCCCGAGUAGACAUCGAGCUGGAUGGCCCUGGGUCCAGCCAGGUGAUUAGGAGUGUCCCACUCAGGGCGCGAUCCGGUACGGCCCGAGUACACGCCCCCAAAGACAUGCAGAUUAUUUACUUUAUGGCACCUCUGGGGAAGUCAAGUAUGCAGACUCUUCCUUUGAAGAACGCAGGCAACAUCAAUGUCCAUCUGAAGUUGAGGAGCACUGACAGUGAUGGUUGCUUCACUGUGAAGCCAGAGGAGCUGAUUCUCUGUGUUGGGGAGGAGCGAGGGAUUGACGUGUCCUACCAUGCUCAGGGCACACGGAAGUUCAGGGAGACCAUGCUUACCAUCUUGGUUCUGCCCUCGGGGCCUCAGUAUGAGGUCAUGCUCAAAGGGGAGAUGGCAGGGGAAGACCUUAGCAAGCGAGUGUCACCGGUAAAAGUGACUCCCAUAACGAGUAUGAAAGCCAGUGAAGUGCCCCCCAUCCUGUCCAACAAGCAGUUUGUUGCCUGGGGUGGGGUCACUCUGGGCCAAGCUGUCCAGCAGAAGCUAGUCCUUCGGAACAACUCUCCUAGCUCCGUGCAACAUCUCCGACUCCUGAUCAGAGGUCAGGACCAGGACUGCUUCCAGCUGCAGAGUACCUUUGGACCAGAGGAGAGGCUUACUCGCCACAGGGAAAUUUCUAUGAAGCCCAAGGAAGAUGUAGCUGUACAUCUUCUUUUCGCACCAACACGUGUAGCCUGUAUGCUGGCCAAAUUAGAGCUCAAGCAAUCUGGAGUGUGCUCCUCACAGCCAGGGGUCAAGUUCACGAUUCCAUUGUCUGGUUAUGGUGGGACCAGCAAUAUCAUCCUGGAGGAUGUGCGGAAGCUGUCGGACAACUAUGUGGUCACCCUAGGGGGUGUGGCAGCCGGCCGGGUCAGCAAGGUUUGCCUGGUCAUGCGGAACACAGGCUCACGGGCUGCCUUCAUUAAGGCCGUGGCCUACGCAGACCUGCACACGCGCACACGGAUGGACUCCUCUGUCAUCAGCCUGUCACCACUCCAGUUUGUGCUAAAAGAGCGGAGCCAGGAGGUGGUGACACUACUGUUGAGGGCUACACGCAGGGAACAGGGCCUCUGUCUGUCCAACAGCACCUUGCUGGCCACUGUGUGUUUCUUCUGUGGGGAUGAGGUCUCACGCCAACAGUUCAGAAGUCUACUGCACAGCAAACCUGAAGCAGGGAGGAAGCUGCUCUCUGACAACAGCCUUCUGAAAGAUGUCAAUUUCAAUGAGCAGUUUCUUGGAGAGGAGCAGGUGCAAGAGGCAUACGAUCUUCCUCGAAGGCCCAGUGAUGCACAGCUCUUCUACAGCAGUAUGAACAAAGUGGUCCUGUCGGUCCUAGGGACUGUGGAAACCUCUGAUUCUGGGGAGAGUGACUGUGUAGAGUCCUCGCGACCAUCUCCGUGCAGGGGAUCCGAGUCUGAUAGUGGUUUUGGGAACUCAGACCGUCAUAUCAGCAAUAUCUCCCUAGAUGUGCUUCCAGUAAAAGGCCCACAGGGGCCAGCUCUGGCUUCGAAAGAGCACACUGAGCCGCCAGGUUCGUGGAAUGUUCAUCCUGAACAUGUGGUCCUCACUGCCCCUACUAUCAGCAGUACAACAGACACAAGGCACGUGAGGAUCCACAACCACUCCCUGAGAGAGCUGCGCUUUGAGCUGUCCUGGCCUGCUCACUGCCUGACUGUCACACCCCAACAUGGGACAAUUGAACCAGAAAGCCACUUGCAAAUCCUGAUCAGCCCCAACCCAUCUCUGGCCACCAAGACUUCCAUGCUACCCUGGACUGGACAGGUAUAUGUCCAGUGUGACAACCAGCAGAAGUUCAUCAAAGUUCAGAUCCGUCAGGAUGUAGCCCUGGAUGUCUCGACCGGUGCUUCUUCACCCAUACCGCUCUCAGCCCUGCCUGCUCAGGCUGGGACUCCGAUAGCCCCAAGUAGUGGUGAACACCCCGAGACGCCCUCACGGGCUCACACUGAGAUCAAGAACCGUACGGUGGUGUUCCCGGGCACGUUGUCUGGAGAGACCUCAGAAUCCUUCCUGGAGGUGGAGAAUGGUGGGAGUGAAGUUAGGUGGUACCUGUCGUCCUUUGCUCCACCGUAUGUCAAGGGUGUUGACAGCAGUGGGGAUGUUUACCGUGCUACCUACACUGUCUUCAGGUGCUCUCGUGUUUCUGGCUUCCUAGCUGUAAAGGAGAAGAUGAAGAUCCCCAUCACUUUCCUGCCACGUGACGGUGGUGACUAUGCCCAGUUUUGGGACCUGGAGUGCCACCCUGUGGCAGAGCCUCAGCAAAAGAGUCGAGUCCGAUUUCAGCUCUCCGGCACGGGCAUUAAGGCCGGUGCAGCGACUAGUCAGACGGUGAUCAACUCAGCGCUGGUACAGACUGAGGCUGUUGGGAAGGCCAGAAAGAAGUCAGAGGCACCGGUCAUCAGGACCGGCCAGGAGGAGGCACAGCGGAGGGGGGUUUACGCCCCACAGGAGUUGUACACCUUCCCAACCACCCGAGUGGGCGAGUCCUGCACCCUGAAGACCAAUGUGCGCAAUAGCUCCUUCAACACAUACGAGCUGAAAUUCAUAAGCCCUAGGGAGCCCUUCCACAUCAAGCAUUCCAAAUAUUCCUUGAGGUCCCAGCAUUACAUCAACCUGCCGGUCCAGUUCCGGCCCACAGCUCCUGGAAAGUUCUCAGGGCUGCUUCUAAUCCAGACUGGCACCAGCGGAAGCCUCACCAUCCACUUGAUGGGUGAAGCUGUGCCUUGAGCCAAGAUGGAGUCUUCAGAAUGCAGUCUGGGAGCUGGCUGCUGAUAUGAACUAUGGAAGGAUCCCAUCUGGUGUAAUCUGAAGCGGGCUAGCAUUGAUUAGCACUUUGCUAACUCUGAGCUUAUUUCUUAGUGAUUUCCUCUACUCCAUUGCAUCACUUGUUCACGUCUGCUUCACGUCAGGUCUCUCAUGCACUGUAACAGAAUGAAAUGAUAUGGCUAAAAACUGCUUGAGUAGUUUGUCAUCCUGGCAUUUCACACUUUUAUUCAACUCCAUUUGCCAUUUAAUCAGUCUUGGACCAUGGUAUCGGAGCCUCAGCAUCCUGCAGCUGAAAAUGUCACUGGAACCAGGAUCUGGUAAUGUGUACCGGGUCUGGAUACACAGCUUCUUCAUGUUUCCUCACCCCACUUUCAUUGUAAUUGAUACCUGGGAUUUUUUUUAACACGAUAUAAAAUGCUUGGAUAGUCCUUCUAGUUUUGUACAAUGUUUAAAAGUGCUCUUUAUGUUUCGAAUUCCCAGUACAUCAUUUGCUGAGAAACAAAAUGAUGGGGAAUUUAAACAAAAGAACUGAUAAAACUGUGCCGAACUUGAUGUACCGUUGCCUAGCCAACAUAGUUGGCACCUCUUUGGAAGCUGGUUUCCCUGUUUAUUUUUGUGUGCAUGGUUUUUUUUUUUUUUUUUCCCCCCCCCCUCCCUCCUUGUAUCUUAAUACAAAUGCAUCAAAACAGUGCUAACACUAAGAAGGCAGCUCUUCAGGGUUGCAUUUCAGUUUGGUGCAUUAAGAGCAGGUGACUCCUGGCGCCAUUUCAAAUGGUGGUCUGGUUGCUUCGUAUUAUUGAAGGACCAGGACUGUGGGACCCUGGUGUCUCCUUAGGCCAACGACUCUUCCUUCCAGAGUCAGUGGCAGGUGGAGGUUUGUCUUCCAGAUUCUCUACAGCAAACCAUGUCGCACCUCACAGUUGGUAGACUGAUUUCACACUCUGAGGUUUGUGUGGUGAACAGAGUGAGUCUGUGUACAUUGAUGCCAAAUGAAUGUAUCUUAAUUUUCUUUUCUUCCGUGGUUGGUAUGAGUUUUU